AUUUGAAAUUAUCUGACUAGGUGCGGCGCGACUAGGACAUAACUGUUGAUCUGAAAUUAUUCAAGUUAUCUAUCAAAUCCAUAUUUUCAGAACAAUGAGGAAUACACGCGCACAGUCCCACAACGCCGAGAGUUCAAAUACUAAUCACGAAGCAGAAGCAGGACGAACUCAUCCAACAAAUGGAGGAGACUUCAUGAGUCAAUUCUUGAGCGCUUUACAGGGUUUUGUCCAACAGCAGGCCCAAACUCAGGCUACCCAAACCGACCUAAACCGAACCUCUAACACGAUAGAUCAAGCUGUAGAGCGAUUUCGAAACUAUAAUCCACCACGAUUCAAUGGACGUGAUGGACCGCUAGCAGCCGAAGAGUGGUUGGAAGAGCUUGAACGUAUCUUCACUCACAUCAACUGUAGUGAUGAGCAGAAAGUUUCAUGCGCUGUUUUUCAACUCAAAGAGGACGCUCGACAAUGGUGGAAACAUUUCUAUCGUCUGUUGGGAGAGGAAGAUCGCAAUGUUCUAAAUUGGAAAAUUUUCAAGGAGGUGGUAAUGAAUAAAUACUUUCCUCUCUCAUUCAGAGAAAAGAAGGAGACCGAGUUCUUUGAGUUGAAACAAGGGAAUAUGACUAUAGAGGAGUAUGAAAGGAAAUUCAAUGAGUUGGCCCGUUUUGCUCCACACCUAGUUGAUACAGAAGAUAAGAUGAUCGCUAGGUUCAGAAAAGGGUUAAGAAUUGACAUCAAAGGAAUUAUGGCUGCACAUGUGAUUGACGAUUUCAGCGACCUGGUUAAGCGAGCAGAAGAAGUGGGCACGGCUCUUGGAACAAACCAUCCUACAUCAAAAUUGACAAAUCAACCAAUGAAGAGGAAAUGGGAAAAUCCUAACCAAAGUGGAGGAAACUUCCAAGAUAAGAGGUCGAGAUUUGGCGGUAACACCAGUGCAAACACACAAGUAACCAAACCACAAUGUCAGAAGUGUGGAAAGUUCCACAAUGGAGAGUGUCUGUGGGGAAAAGGAGUUUGCUUCUUUUGCCAUGAACCGGGACAUACAGUGAGUACUUGUUCUAAGAACAAGCGGAAUGUGCCAGAAGGGAGAAUGAACGUUGGGCUAAACAAAGGAAGUGGCAAAGAGCCAGAAAGAAAAGGAAAUGCUCGUUUCUUUUCCUUAAAACAACAAGAAGAAGUUGAGGAUGACAACACAAUGACGGGUACGUUAAUUAUAUCAGGAACAUCUGCUGUUGUUCUAUUUGAUUCUGGAGCUUCACACUCAUUUAUUUCCCCUAAGUUUUGUCAAAAGAAUAAGAUUAUUUGGGAGGUAGAGAACUUAGACUUGAACAUAAGUAUUCCCUCUGGAGAAUCCAUUAAGACUAAUAGGAUUGCUAGAAAAAUUUCCUUGAAUUUUAGGAAUAGAAAGCUUGAAGCUGACUUGUACCUUAUCGAAAUGCACGAUUUCGAUGUGAUUCUGGGGAUGGAUUGGUUAAGUCGAAACCAUGCAACAAUUAAGUGCCGCGAAAGAGAAGUCGUGUUCAAAAUACCAGGGGAGAAAGAAGUUGCUAUUCAAGGAUCAAAGUUAAGGAAAAUGCCCAUGGUGAUAUCUGCUAUGAAGGCGAUGAAGAUAUUGAAUAAAGGAGGCUGCAACGCUUAUUUGUAUGCGAAUUUCCCGAUGUUUUCCCCGAAAAUCUACCUGGAAUACCACCUGAUAGGCAAGUAG